AUGCACGCGGCGAAGCCCGUCCACUCGCUGCUGAAGCUCGACGACCCCUACGACGUCGAGGCCACCAAGAACGCGCCCGCCAACGCUUUCAAGCUCCGCGCGCGCCGGCGCCUCGUCGCGUCCCGCGCCGCGCCGGCGCCGGACCCUACCUCGCGGGCCGGAAGUGGGUCCCCCGCGCCGACGACGUCGUCGUCGCGACGUUCUCAAAGUCCGGGACGACGUUCAUGUGCAACGUCUGCCACCAGCUCCGGUCCAAGUGCGAGGCCAACGACUUCGAGGAGAUCACGGAGGUCUGCCCCUGGAUCUGCCUCGACCGCCGGCCCGCGUCCGCGCGCGCCGCGGCCGCGCGCGCGACGCCGCCGCGCGCAGGCCAAGGACUGCGGCCAGGACCUCGACGCGGACCAGGCGUGCAGCCCGCGCAUCUUCAAGAGCCACAUGAACCCGUCGAACGUGAACCCCGGCUGCCGGGUCGUCUACGUCGUCCGCGACCCCGUCAAGGUCGCGCUCUCGUACUUCGCGUUCCUCAAGGUCAAGGGCGCGCCGUUCGUCAAGGACGUGGCGAACGCCCUCGACUUCGUGGACCACCCCAUGUUCAUGGCCGGCCCCGUCGUGAGCUCGUCGAAGCGGGGCAACGUCUGGCAGUUCCUCGUGGAGACGUGGUUCGCGCGGCUCAAGGACGGCGCGCUCGUCGUGCCCUACGAGGACGCGGUCCAGGACACGCCCAAGUGGAUCGCGAAGACCGCGGCCUUCAUGGGCGUGGACUGCGACGCCGCGCUCGUCGACAACGUCGCCAAGCACACCGACAAGCAGUACAUGCUCGACCACGCGACGCAGUUCGACGACCACUGGAUCACGGAGCAGCAGGCCAAGGCCGGCAGGGGCUUCGUGGUCCAGAAAGGGUCCAAGGUCACGACGACCGCCCACGAGAAGCCCGACGGCCUCGACGAGAAGAUGCAGGCCCACUGGGACGUCUACGUCAAGCCCGUCACGGGCCACGCGACCUACGCCGACAUGCUCGCCGACCUCGCCGCGUAG